AUGUCACUCUCUAGCUAUGUAAACAAGAAAGUUCUAAUCUUAACUGCGGAUUCGAGAACGUUGGUUGGUACACUUUUAAGUUGUGAUCAGCAGACCAAUCUGGUCCUAUCCCAAACCAUUGAGCGCAUAAUUAGACCUCCAGAAGACCCCGAAGCCUCGAGUGAAGUACCACACGGCCUUUAUUUGAUCCGCGGUGACAAUGUCGUUGUAGUAGGGCUUGUGGAUGAGGAGCUGGAUGAUAGUAUCAACUGGGUGGAGGUUAGGGGUGCGGUUAUCGGUGGGACGAAACAUUCAUGA